AGUUACCGUAGUUCAUCAGAGUCGGAGGAAGCCGAGCCACAACCUAAUCCCCAAGGGUUAAAUUGCAGUGAUUAUGUAAGCUAGCUACGGACCGUUGACAUCUCCCGUCUUUCCCCGCAAUUUCUCCGGAAGCCCAGUCCGCUCAAAUUCCAAGUCGCAACAAACCCGUAAUAACCAUGUCGCAAAACUUUGACCAGCUUCCCGAGGAGCUCCAGCUUGCCACGUCAGCUCAUGUUAAGUACAUCCAGAGCUUGGACGCGAGGAAGGACGAAUAUGACUACUGGCUGACAGAGCAUCUGCGGCUCAACGGGCUCUACUGGGGCCUCACGUCGCUGCACCUCUUGGGCCACCCCGAUGCGCUGCCGCGCGCCGAGACCAUCGACUUCGUGCUAUCAUGUCAGCAUGACAGUGGCGGCUUCGGCGCCGCGCCCGGCCAUGAUGCGCACAUUCUCUCCACCGUCAGUGCGGUCCAGAUUCUCGCCAUGGUCGACGCGUUUGACGAGCUGGAGACGCGCGGCAAGGGCAAGGCGCAAGUGGGGAAGUACAUUGCUAGUCUCCAGAAUCCCGAGACAGGCACGUUCGCCGGCGACGAGUGGGGAGAAGAGGACACGCGCUUUCUCUACGGUGCUUUCAAUGCGCUGUCGCUCCUCGGGCUCCUUUAUCUAGUCGACGUGGAGAAGGCGGUCAAUCACAUCGCCGCAUGCGCCAAUUUUGACGGGGGAUACGGAGUGAGCCCCGGGGCCGAGUCCCACGCCGGGCAGAUAUUCACCUGCGUCGCGGCCCUGACCAUCGCCGGCAGACAGGAUCUUGUGGACAAGGAGAGGCUCGGACGGUGGCUCAGCGAAAGGCAGAUCGCCGGCGGCGGUCUCAACGGUCGGCCGGAGAAGAAGGAGGACGUCUGCUACAGCUGGUGGGUCUUAAGCAGCUUGGAGAUGAUCGGCAAGACGCACUGGAUCGAUAAGGACCAGCUGAUAGCCUUUAUCCUCCGCUGCCAGGAUCCGGAGCGAGGCGGCAUCUCAGACAGACCUGGUGACAUGGUCGACGUCUGGCACACGGUGUUUGGUCUUGCAGGACUCAGCUUGCUCCAGUACCCUGGACUUCAGGCGGUAGACGAGGUCUACUGCAUGCCCAAGUCGACCACUGCGAGAGUUUUGGGCCGCUGAGCACCAAUUCAACCAUUCCCUGCCACACUCUCCAUCCAACAACGUCCCGAUGAUACGCUUCGUAUCGCAUCGCGCAGUCACGUAAUCUCUUGCAAUCUAAUAGCCUUCCAACAGGACACAGCGUUGGCAGGAUACAAGGCAAGAGAAGAUCGAUUCGCCCAGAUAUCCUUGGUCUGGUUGGCAUCCGCCAUGCCAACUAGCAAAUGAAACGGGUACGAACAUUGUGUCUAGGCAUGGCUCCGUGGAUGGACGACUAUAUGUAGCGUUCGCUGGGUGGUUCGAAUUGUGGCUCCGUACUGCCUCGGCGGCUAUCUGGUUCAAAUGGGCAUCGCGAGUGAUUACGUUGACAGGGAACGUAAUCCUUCUCCACACACUUUGGACCAUGUACAAUACAGUACUAGUACCAAGGUAUAAAACGCUCUAGGCUCCCUGGGGCUUGCAUCUACUCAACCACGUCU